CUUUCCAACCCUGCUCAUGUCUCAUUCUCUCCUCUGAGACUUGUCCAGGGCUCACACACCCAGCAGCUUCUCAAGGGACACGCUAGACAGACUCACCCAGGACUCUCACACCGAGUAGCCUCUCCCAGGACUCUCACACUGAGAAGCCUCACCCAGGGCUCUCACACUGAUUAGCCUCUCUUAUGAGUCUUGUCUCAUGCUAAGCAGCCUCUCUCAAGACUCUCACACUGAGCAGGAUCUCCCAGAAUUGACACACCGAGCAGACUCUCCCAGAACUCUAUCUGAGCUGCCUCUCCCUGGACUCUCACACUGAGCUGCCUCUCCCUGGAAUCUCACACUGAAUAGCCUCUCACUGGACUUUCACACUGAGCAGCCUUACCCUGGACUUUCACACUGAUCUGCCUCUCCCUGGACACUCACACUGAGAGACCUCUCCCUGGACCCUGACACUGGAUAGCCUCUCCCUGGAAUCACACACUGAGCAGCCUCCCCCUGAACUUUCACAUUGAGCAGCCUCUUCCUGGACUUUUUUCUCUGAGCAGCCUGUCCCAGGAUCAACAUACUUUGCAGCCUCUAUUUGGAUAAACACAUGAUGGCCUCACCUCAUGAUCAACAUAUGCUGCAGCCUCUCCUGGUUAUGUCUUUUAAUGGAACCUCUCCCAGUCCCAAAAAGUGUUUCCUGAGCCCAAUCCACACAGAUCUUUUCCAUAUCCAACCCAUGCAUAAGCAUAUCCCACACACAAGCCUAGACCUGGUACUCAAAACCCUAUCCUAGAUCCAAGUCACUCAAGCUCAGUUUAAGCAGAUACUCAGGAUAUUUUUGGAGGAGCAUUCGCCAUUUGGGCAGUGACAUUUAUGCUUGUGGUUCAGGGUCUGUCGGCUGAGUGCUUAGUUACCAAGGCUGGGUUAAGGUGAUCUCCAGAAAGAUGCUGAGGUGUCAGUUGGUCUUCGUUCUGGUGUCCCUGUCCUGCACUGCUCAGGAAGGGAGAGGAGGCUAUGGGAUGAAUAUGUUUUCAAUCCAAACAUCUCAGCCGGAUCCCUGCUAUGAUGAGAACGGAAACCCGAGAAGGUGUAUCCCUGACUUUGUGAAUUCAGCUUUUGGUAAAGACGUUAAGGUGUCCAGUACAUGUGGGAAGCCACAGUCGAGAUACUGCGUGGUGACUGAGAAGGGUGAAGACCGAUUCCGUAAUUGUCAUAUUUGCAAUAUGUCAGACCCCAAGAGGGCUCAUCCGCCUUCCUUCUUAACGGACCUCAACAAUCCCCACAACCUUACUUGCUGGCAGUCAGAGAACUAUAUCCAAUACCCCCAAAACGUCACGCUGACCCUUUCUUUAGGGAAAAAGUUUGAGGUCACUUAUGUGAGUCUACAGUUUUGUUCUCCGAGACCUGAAUCCAUGGCUAUCUUUAAAUCUAUGGACUAUGGCAAGUCGUGGGUACCAUUUCAGUUUUACUCAACCCAGUGCAGAAAGAUGUACAACAAACCCAAUAAAGCUAUCAUCACUAAGCAAAAUGAACAGGAGGCUAUUUGCACAGACUCCCACACAGAUAUGCACCCUCUCUCUGGGGGCUUGAUAGCCUUCAGCACCUUGGAUGGUAGACCGUCUGCUCAUGACUUUGACAACUCCCCUGUCCUCCAAGACUGGGUGACAGCCACGGAUAUCAAGGUAGCUUUCAGCCGGCUUCACACUUUUGGGGAUGAGAAUGAAGAUGACUCAGAACUGGCCAGAGACUCGUAUUUUUAUGCCGUUUCAGACCUCCAGGUAGGGGGUCGGUGCAAGUGUAAUGGCCAUGCUUCUAGGUGUGUCAAGGACAGAGAUGACAACUUGGUGUGUGACUGCAAACACAACACAGCGGGGCCUGAAUGUGACCGAUGUAAACCAUUUCACUAUGACCGACCUUGGCAGAGAGCAACAGCACGAGAAGCCAACGAGUGUGUGGCCUGCAACUGCAACCUGCACGCCCGGCGGUGCCGAUUCAACAUGGAGUUGUUCAAACUGUCAGGCCGGCGGAGCGGAGGCGUCUGUCUAAACUGCCGGCACAACACGGCUGGACGGCACUGCCACUACUGCAAGGAGGGUUACUACCGUGAUAUGACCAAAGCCAUCACCCACAGAAAGGCAUGCAAAGCCUGCGAUUGCCAUCCAGUGGGUGCAGCCGGCAAAACCUGUAAUCAGACCACGGGGCAAUGUCCUUGCAAAGAUGGUGUGACUGGCAUAACGUGCAAUAGAUGUGCCAAAGGCUACCAACAAAGCCGUUCGCCCAUUGCCCCCUGUAUAAAGAUUCCUGUUGUCCCCCCUACAACAGCGGCCAGCAGCACGGAGGAACCAGCAGACUGUGACAUCUACUGCAAGGCAUCCAAGGGCAAGCUAAAGAUCAACAUGAAGAAGUAUUGCAAGAAAGAUUAUGCUGUGCAGAUACAUAUCCUUAAAGCAGAGAAGGCAGGAGACUGGUGGAAGUUCACGGUCAACGUUAUCUCCGUCUACAAACAGGGCACCAACCGCAUACGGCGAGGGGACCAGAAUCUGUGGAUCCGCUCCAAGGACAUAGCGUGCAAAUGCCCCAAACUGAAGCCCAUGAAGAAGUACCUGCUCCUAGGUAACGAUGAGGACUCACCUGACCAGAAUGGUGUGGUAGCAGAUAAGACCAGUUUGGUUAUUCAGUGGCGGGACACAUGGGCAAGGAGGCUGAGGAAGUUCCAGCAGAGAGAAAAGAAAGGCAAAUGCAAGAAAGCCUAGGGGGGAAAGUGGAGAGCGGACGACAGUGGCCCUCAGAAGAGAAGAAAGUAGAUGCACGAGAGAGGACCUUAACGGCUGCUUGCUGUAGAUCCCCAAGCAGAUAGGACAUUCCAUUAGAAACUGGGUUUUCCCUUUUUUUUUAUUUUUUUCUUUCCCAGAAGGUGAGAACUUGCAUAUCCCUUUUGGUGUUGGGAGGGAAAGAGAAGAAUCGUUAGAGGGUCACUUUUUUAUACCUGAGACUGACACGUUUGCACCUAAUAUGUAGAGUUAUUCACAGACACACAAGCACGUGGAAUAGAGAGGGGGAGGCAGGUAUGGGGGGAGUGUGUCCCACAGGUUUAUGGUUCAGCUUCUCUCAUGCACCUGUUGCUUAUCUCUCUCCAUGGGAGUCACUCUUUGCCCAAACACCUAACAGCCUAUUAGCCUUCGCACCCGCCCAGACGGAUAUAUGCUGGGCACCUACCAGCUAUAGUGCUCCGACUGCAGAAAUCUAGGUUACUCCUACUCUUGGUCUUCUGCUUAAGUUGUGGGCAAGAAAGAAAUGGACAGUCCCCCCACACUCUCUAUUGCCCUUUCAAGGGUUGCAAGUACUAGGUGUGGAGCCUAGGCAAGAGAUUAAAGGUAAAUCCUAACAUCUGUAUAUCAUUGAAAUAACGUUUUUUUUAAGAGAAUAUCUUUAUGUUGUGUUUUUGUAUGUCUGGUAACCCCAUACAUCCCCCCUGCUAUUCAUAGCAUUAUACAGAGGCAUUUUGCAGUAUUACCUGGUCAGUGUUGGGUCACAGGUACUGCAGAGAGUACUUAUUGCUAUAGAGACACAGAUGUCCAGUAUCAGUGCACAUUGGUAAUGAGGAUUUCAGUGUGAUUCCUGCCAUAGGCACCAGUGUUCUGGGGCAAGCCCUUAAGGAUGAGAGGUUUAUUUUUAUAUUUCUUAGUUUAGCCCCAUUCCCUCCCGAGUCAUGUUCCUUCCCCAAUAAAAUUCACACAUAAGGUUCUUCUGCUGACCAAUGUAUCCCCAGGCACUUCUGCGUGAUUCUCUCCCUUCUCUGCAGCUGCUUUACAGGAGGGAGAGGACUGUGCAGAGAAAUAUCUGAAGAUGAUCCCUGUAUCACCCCUCUGAGGGCUGCUAUACAUACAUGUCUGAUUCAUUUUGCAUUCUUUUUGUAGGUUUUACUUCCCCUUUACAUGCACAAAAUAUGACUUGUGAUCACACACAACAGUGAUGAUUACUUCAUUUACACUGAGUUAUUUUGUUCCACCCUCCAUACUCUUUUCCUGUAUUACCUGACUGACAACAGGGAUUCUGUCUCCCCCGGGGGCUGGAGUACAGGGAGUUGUAGUUCUAGCAUCGCUUCAGAGAGGGGCACAGCCUACAGAAAUUAAUAUUUUCCUUUCCCCAGGCAGCAGAGAUCAGGGAAGGACUAAUUGGUGUUUGUUUUGGCUGAGAGGAAGGGAUGUUAAUGUGUUGGUGUGGAGGGUCGGGAUAUUGGAAUAUUCGCUGCUACCUUCCAGGCCAAGCUCCUGACAGUAAAUCAGAAAUAGUGCAUGACCCCAGCUCACAGCUCAGUGAGUUCAGUGCUAAUUGGGUUCCCGGCAUGGCAGGACGGCUAAUUACUGUAGGUAACGGAUACAGUUUGCAGCUGGGACGGAGGGACCCAUACAGUACAGGCCUCACGCAUUUGCUACUUGUUCCUUCCUGGCUCCUAAUCCUCUCUCUUUGCUCCAAUCAUUUGUAGGAAAUUUCUUGGGGUGAAUCCACAACGUCCCAGGUCAGAUGUUACCCCACGGGUAGUCUUUCCUAUGCACGCAAAUGAUGCCUCUCUGUAAUUGGUUGUUAAUUGGAUGUUACUUGCUCAUCAGAUUCAUGAGGGAGGUUACUUAAAGAACCACAGGAUAAGGACACACGGGGAGACUAGCCUCUUCUUCGGGGCGACAAUCUCCCGAACUGCCUUCCCCUACCUUCCCGCCGGCUAUAAUGAAAAAUCGCCAGCGUGAUGGCCCUCACGGCGGUUCGUUUUCCGCAGUUGUGAGGCAACUUCAGAAAACGAAGCGCCGCGAGUGCCACCCCGCUGCCGAUUUUCCAGAUUUAGAUCCAGUUCAGGGUUGCCAGAUUUACAUUGCAAAAUCAGCCAAAGGCUAUCAAAAAACUAGCCAUAAACCAUUUUAAAAGUACCAAAAAUAGCCCAAUUGGUACAAUGAAAAAUCUUAAUAAAAUAAAGUACAAAAGUACAAAUGCACAAGGAGACAUCAUCACAAUCUCAGCCCAUAAAGGCAUACGGACAUGUGCAUAGAAAUAGACACUAUAUAUAGUUGUACAUACACACAAAGCAGUGCAUCUAUCAAACCCUGUAGACUUUUGAGAUGGGGUGGAGGGGGGGGGGGCAUCAAUACGCAGUAAAUCCUACACAACGAGCAGCCCAUGAGUCCGACCCAUAGACUUUUCCCAUCACCUCAGGACAUGUCUACAGUACCUCCGUCUCAGCCACGCUCCCCCUUAUAUCUCAGAUUCUCUUCAGAGUCCAGUUCCUGCUGCAGCGGCUUGAUUUGCAUUAAAAAAAAUGUGGGCGGGUUUUGAAAGUCCAAACUGGUGGCAACUUCCAAAACUAGCCCAAAUCUGUACGUUUUAAAAGUAUCCCAAAUUGGCUAUAACCCUGCUGACCCUGAUCCAGUUGUGUGUCACAGUAUGGCUAUAUGUACAAGGAACAGCCAAUACCCAAAUGAGCACCUCCCAUAAACAGCCAAUCCCCCAAUGAAUGCCUCCCACAAACAGCCAAUCCCCAAGGAGUGCCUCCUGAGAACAGCCAAUGAGCUCCUCCCAUAAACAGCCAAUACCUCUAAUGAGCACAUCUCGAAAAAUAGCCAAUCCCUUAAUGAGCACCACCCAAGAAACUGCCAAUCCCCCAGUGAGCACCUCCAAAAAAGAAUUACUGCCUGUGCCUGUGCCCAUCCCUUGAAGUUCUCAGUGUGUUUGUGGGGUCUUGUUGCACACACUUUGGGCUCUGAACAUGCAGCAAACCUAUUGGUCUACUGGACCUGUCCCAAAUGGUGACUCAUGUGAUAUUAGUUUUUGCUAUGGGAUAUAUUAUGUAGAAUUAUUGGAGGGGGAUGGAUUUCUGCAUAAGAUCUCUUUCUAAGUCCCCCAUUGUCAAAAUGUAGGUUCUGUGUGCCGAUGACUAGUACAUGAGGGUUAAUGUUUUGGAGCCGGGCACUUCCUCCUGGCGCAGCGGUUACUAAUAUUGACAUAUGAUCUCAGCUGGCACCAGGCCUACCCGGGAAUACAAACAAACAGAGCCGGCAGGUGUUCCACUAGGAUUUCACAAGUCUAGAUUCAGGAUCUGGUGGAGGAAAGGGAAGGGGGAGCAAAUUGCUGCAUUCAUAUUGGCUGUCACCUAAUAAGUAAUAGGGUGCAAGUGUUGAGUUUGGGGCCCUCAGUCCUUAAUCUAUGAGGUCCUUUUAUUCUUCCACCUUCCCGUGUGUUUCUCUUCAUUUGCCCCUAUAGGGGAACACAAAGGCAGGGCCUAGUCUAUAUAAUAGUUGUGGGACUGCACUGUGGCUUCCUGCUAAUUUGUUUAAUAUGACUUAAUGGACCCUGUUGUGUGAAUGUGAUCAGGACUCCAGUUAUAAAGCUUUUGCAGUAUGUUUUUUCCCAUGAAUAGAGCAAAAUAAAAGUGGCUCAGUGGUUAGUGCUGUGGCCUUGUACUACUA